UUAUAGUUUCGUCGCACGCCUCUCGGCUCUCGUAUGCGCGCGCGAGCUCGUGGACGGUGAUGGCAAUGGCGAUGCCCCAAAAGGCAACAUCCAUUGUUCUGGCUAUGGUGCUAGUCCGCCUUGCGAUGCUGUCCCUGGCCGCGGGGACGACUACCGCGACUUUCUACACCCCAAGCUACACACCGUCGGCUUGCUACGGGUUCCAGGACAAGGGCACGAUGAUCGCGGCGGCGAGCGAAGCCUUCUGGAACGGCGGCAAGGCCUGCGGCGACCGGUACGAGGUCACGUGCAAGGGCGCCACCAACGACGGCGUGCCGGAACCGUGCACCGGCCGGAGCGUCACCGUCCGGAUCGUGGACCUCUGCCCCGCCGCCGGCUGCCGGGGCACCAUCGACCUCUCGCAGGAGGCCUUCGCCAUCAUCGCCGACCCGAACGCCGGCAAGGUCCAGAUCGAGUAUCGCCGCACACCACCAUUACCUAGAGCCUGGCGUCCGAGAGCCAACCAGCCAACAACACCGGUUUCCCUUGCUGUGUUUCGCAUGCCGAUUUUCGAAAACAGAAAUGCUAAUGGUCAACCGGUUGAUUUGGAGCUUCCAAUCAACCGGAUUCUUGGCCGUUUGAUCCGCCGAGGCACCGCCCUUGCCAAGCCUGCUGCCCACCGAUACUAAUGCCGUGGCCUGGUCCAGUGCACAUCGCGGAUGACUACGUACGUGCACGUCCGAGCAUAUUGACAUGCAAUCGUCGUCUACACAUCGUAAUUUUGCAAGCUAGCUAGUGUGAUGCAGAUCAACUUUCCAGUUCGUUUGUUUUCAUCUUUCCGGUUCGUUUGUUUUCAUCUAGAUAAUUUGUUCUAAAAUUUGUGAAUAAUUUGAUGAUAUUUGUGAAUAAUUUGACAUAUAUUUCUAUGA